UCCAUCAUCCUAAAACCUCCAACAAAAUCACUACCAUUUCCCACACAUCAUCAUCAACAUCAACAACAACAACAACAUGGCCUCCCGGAUCUCGAUCUCAGCCCUAGCACUCAUCGCAACGACACUCCUCCUCUCCCCUGCCUCGGCCCAAAUCUCCACCCCGUGCACGCCCUCCAUGAUCACGACGUUCACCCCAUGCAUGAACUUCGUGACCAACAGCAGCCUCAGUGGGAGUAGCCCCCCUUCAGAGUGCUGCAACUCACUCAAGUCCCUCAUGAGCAGUGGCAAGGACUGCCUCUGCCUUAUAGUCACCGGCAGCGUCCCCUUCAACGUCCCCCUCAACCGAACCCUUGCCAUCUCCCUGCCACGCGCCUGCAACAUGCCCGGCGUCCCCCUCCAAUGCAAAGCUGAAGGUGCUCCGGUUCCAGCUCCAGCGCCCGCAGCCUUCUCCCCGUCUCAUUCUCCCAAUGCAGCCCCUUCUCCUACUGUUUCAGGGUUAGCUCCACCGGAAGCACUGGCUCCACGAGGCGAGGAUACUCCAGCUCCACCGGCUCCAGGCACUUCAGGCGAAACGCCAUCGGGUAGCAGGGCUGGGGUGACACCUUCUGCAGCUUACCGGAUUUCGCCUUUGCAUUUCGUGGCAGUUCUUGCAGCUGUAGCUUUGAAGUACUAGUGAAAUGUUGUCUUUGUGCUAGGAAAAUAUUCUUUCACAUAGUUUUGAUUGGGUUUGUGAUAUUUAUUUGUUUCCCUUGUUUGGGCACUCUGUAAUAUUUGAUGAUUGUGGUGUGGUAAUAAUAUUAUUGUUUGUUUCUUGAUA